AUGGAUAACUAUCCAUAUUUGGAUUCUGAAAUAAAUUCUGAUUUUAUAUCGGAAUUUUCUUAUUCUUUAAAAGAAGUGGGUGAGGGUGAUUAUUCAGAUCAAUUUUCCACUGAUAAAAUAUUCCCAACACGCGCCGAUUUAAUUCAAUGGGUUCGAAAGAUUGCAUUUGAUCUUGGAUUUGUUGUCGUCACUAUAAGAUCUGACACAGCAACUGGUGAAGCUGGUAGAAAGACAUUUAUUUUGUUAGGCUGUGAAAGAAGCGGGAAGUAUAGGAAGUAUAAGGCAGAUGUUCAACCUAGUUUAUCUGGCACAAGAAAAUGUGAGUGUCCGUUUAGGUUGAGGGGUAAACCUAAAGGAGAUGGUUGGGUGUUGAAGGUUAUGUGCGGCUAUCACAACCAUGAAUUAGCAGAGACUUUGGUCGGUCAUCCUUUCGCGGGUAGGUUAAAUGCGGCUGAACAAUCAAUUCUUGUGGACAUGACUAAUAGUCAAGUAAAGCCGUCAAAUAUUCUUUUGACUCUGAAAGAACAUAAUGAAGAUAACGUGACAACGAUAAAGCAAAUAUAUAAUGCGAGGUACACGUACAAACGAUCUUUGAGAGGGUCUAGAACGGAAAUGCAACAGUUGAUGAUAUAUAAUCCGGUGCUAUAUUUGCCGCAGAUCGAACUGCGGCGUGCAUCCCAGCGAACCGCACUUCGAAGUCCGGUUAUGUACUUUGCCGCACUUCCAAAUCCGGCUACCACCUCCACCCAACCGCACCUCGAACUGCGGCUCUAA